UCCUCUGUUUUCCCCUCCUCCACGGUUCCCCUGUGAUUAUCACAUCGCAUGUGUCUCCUCUAUAUAAAACCCCUUCACUUCGAUCCGCCUUCAAGCCCAACAAGUUCAAAUCCAAAUUUCCAUUCACAAACCGAUCAAAUACCCCAAAUCAAAGCAUCGUUAAUCUCUUUUCUUGUAGAACAAAAAUGGCUGCGUCAAUGUCAAUCCUUCUCAAAAGGGCCGCAGUACCAGCACCAACCAUCCUCUCCAAGCUCUCCAACCCCAUCCGUUCUGCCUCUGUAUCUCCCCUCGUUUCUCGGUCUUUCAACACCAACAGCCAAGUCACCAACUACGAUCAGGAUGAAAGCUCAGUCCCCGUCGGUCGCGGCACAGCAGACAUGUCUCCCUCCCGCCGCCGUGACCUCGGUUCUCCCUUCUUCUCAGAUGUGUUCGAUCCGUUUUCUCCGACGAGGAGCUUGAGCCAGGUUCUGAACAUGGUGGACCAGUUCAUGGAAAACCCAUUUCUGGCAGGGCCACGGGGAGGAUCGAGAAGGGGAUGGGACGUGAAGGAGAACGAGGAGGCUCUAUUUCUACGAAUGGACAUGCCGGGACUGGACAAGGAAGACGUGAAGAUCUCGGUGGAGCAGAACACGCUGGUAGUAAAAGGGGAGGGGAAGGACUUGGAGGAUGAAGACGGCGGAGCGAGGAGAUUCUCGAGCAGACUGGAACUGCCUCCGAAUCUGUACAAGAUCGAUUCGAUUAGGGCUGAGAUGAAGAAUGGAGUUCUGAAGCUGGUGAUUCCGAAGGUAAAGGAGGAAGAGAGAAAGGAUGUGUUUGAGGUUAAGGUUGAGUAGUUGAGUAGCGACCGACUGGAGAGAGGGAGUUGGGUUUGGGAGUCUCUGAAUUUGAUGACUUGGGAUCUUUGAGUUAGUUUGAUGAUGUAAAUUUGCAUUUUUCGGUUUUGUUUCUAGUCUUUCUAUUUUCUUGGAUGGUUGGACUUCGGAGCUGAGCUUUUGGAUAAAUAAAAUGAAAAGGGUAUUUGCGCUUUUAA